UCAGAUUUUAAACCAUACUGCUAACCUUAUACCGAACCCUACAUUAAGACAAAAAAAGCUAAUUGUUUUCAUGAAUUUUAACGAGAUAAUCAAUUUUGACUUUGUGGCUGUGGUAAUUAGUGGAAACCGGACCCAGCGUUUUGUAUAAAGGUGUCUUGCUGGUUGUUUCAAUCGUAGUUGUGUAAAUUCGGUUUCCGGAGCCAGUAACUGUUUUUGCGUAGCUUGCCACUUUCUGUAAUAGCAAGAGAAGACCGGUCGGCAUCUAAUAUGCUGGAAUAGCGCUUAAAUUAGCUUUUGUAAGGAAUGUUUGUUUAAAAUCUUAACAGACAAACAUAGGUAACUUAUAAUGUAACAGUCGCUUGUUAGCCAUCUCAUGCUAUAUAUCGUCAACAGCUAACCCUUGCUUGUUAUUUACCUGCGUGCUUGGCUAGAUCUAUGAGCCUGCUGGACACCAAUACGGACCUAACGGUAGAUUUACAUUUUGUAAUUGAUAUGAUUUUUAGUUCAUCACUGUAGCUAACUGAAUAAUUUGGUUGUCAUGAUAUGUGUGGGUGUAAGUCCGGGGAAGAAGUACCCGGAAGGGAAGAGCAGCUGCCGUUUUAUGGGAACUAACUAACGUUAUUACUAAAGAUAGUUAAACCUGUAGCUAACGACUAGACAGCGUGGGACCUGGCAAUCAAGCUUUUUUUAAAGGAAUAAAUGUUUCGAAAAAAGAAAGCCCAGAACUGAUGUAGCAUUGGCACAAUCCCCACCACCACAGCCAAUCUGUCUCCACUACCUCCGUCCAGUCCCCUGGGCCUUGUCUGUAUGCCCUUAGAGAGACCUGUCUGUCUGGGCUAUCCAGAGCAAGGAGGGACAACACAGCCGAGACUGACCCACCAGAACUGACUGUUCUACUCUGGAGGUUCUAGACACCACCACAACGCCCUACAGAUAGAGAGCCCAGUUGGAGGAUGCUACCUGAUUGGUCUCCGUGCUGAGAGGGGAACCAACCCGAUUGGUCUCCCUGCCUGCUCAUCCAUCAGUGGGGAAACUGUUUUGGUUUGUGCUGCAGACGUCCUUUAACCUGGUCCUGGGACACGCCUGUUCUGUCACUCAGCCAACACUGGUGUCACAAACCAGCGGGCUCUCUCUGGGACUCUGUAGUAGUGUUUUUUUAUUAUUAGAAACAUUUCAGGUUGGUUUUGGAGCCCGGUUCUUUUACCGGCUUUGUUAACUACUGAAACUGGGGCGCGAUUCAUGGGAUGCAACCAUGUCGGAUCUCAAUGAGCGUAGGCCAGUCAACACGGACUACGCUGUAUCCCUGCUGGAGCAGCUCAAGCUGUUCUAUGAACAGAAGUUACUGACUGACGUGGUGCUGCUGGUGGAGGACAACGAGUUCCCCUGUCACAAGAUGGUCCUGGCCACAUGCAGCUCCUAUUUCAGGGCCAUGUUUAUGAGUGGUCUGUCUGAGAGUAAACAGAGUCAUGUUCACCUGAGGACCGUGAACCCAGCCACCCUGCAGAUGAUCAUCACAUAUGCCUAUACAGGCAACCUGGCUAUUAACGACAACACCGUGGAGCCCCUCUAUGAGACGGCAUGCUUCCUCCAGGUAGAGGACGUACUGCUGCAGUGCAGGGACUACCUGGUGAAGAAGAUCCACGCAGACAACUGUGUCCGGAUGCUGAGCAUCGGAGACCUGUUCUCCUGUGUGGAGCUGAAGCAGAGCGCCAAGCGCAUGGUGGAACACAAGUUCUCUGUAGUCUACCGUCAGGAGGCCUUCCUUCAGCUGUCCCACGAGCUGCUGGUUGACGUACUGAGCUCAGACAACCUCAACGUGGAGAAGGAGGAGACGGUGAGGGAGGCAGCUAUGCUGUGGCUGGAGUACAACAUGCAGGCCAGGUCCCAGUACCUCUCCUCAGUGCUCAGCCAGAUCCGCAUCGACGCUCUGUCCGAGGUGGCGCAGCGCGCCUGGUUCCAGGGCCUACCUCCUAACGACAAGUCUGUCGUAGUGCAGGGCCUCUACAAGUCCAUGCCUAAGUUCUUUAAACCCCGCCUGGGGAUGACCAAGGAGGAGAUGCUCAUCUUCACGGAGGCGACGUCAGAGUCGCCGGCUGACAUGGGUCAGGUGACGACGGGCCCUAACCACACGGUGGUGUGUUACAGCCCGCAGGCUGAGAAGGUCUACAAGCUCAGCAACCCGCCCGGCGACCUCCAGAAGGUUGGGACGCUCGUCACACCCGACAACGACGUGUUCAUCGCCGGCGGGCAGAUCCCGCUGAAGAAGUCGAUCGCCAACCACGGGAAGAGCGGCGGCAAGAUGCAGGCGGUGUUCCGAUCGGUGGACAGCUUCUUUUGGUUCGACGCCCAGCAGAACACCUGGUUACCCAAGACGCCCAUGAUGUGUGCCCGCAUCAAGCCCUCUCUGGUCUACUGUGAGGGCUACAUCUACGCCAUCGGGGGGGACAACGUGGGCGGGGAGCUGAAUAAACGUACUGUAGAACGCUACGACUGUGAGAAAGACGAGUGGGCCAUGACGUCUCCUCUCCCCUGCGCCUGGAACUGGACCACGUCCGUAGCGGCACACGGCUGUGUCUACGUGAUGACCCACGACCUCAUGUACUGCUACUUCCCCCGCGCUGACACCUGGGUAGAGAUGGCCGUGAGGAAGACCAGUCGCUGCUUCGCCUCCGCCGCUGCCUUCGGUGACCUUGUCUUCUAUAUCGGCGGCCUCCACUUGGUCAACAACUCGGGUGUCCGCAUGCCUACCAGCACCAUCGACGGCUCCUCGGUCACCGUGGAGAUCUACGACGUCGGCAAGAACGAGUGGCGCCUGGGCGCCAACAUCCCUGCCAAGCGUUACUCGGACCCGUGCGUGCGGGCUGUGGUCCUCCUGGGUUCUCUCUGCAUCUUCAUGCGUGAGACUCACAUGAACGAGCGUGCCAAGUACGCCAUCUACCAGUACGAUCUGGAGCUGGACCGCUGGUUCCUGAGGCAGCCCGCGUCUGAGCGGGUACUAUGGGACCUGGGGAAGGACUUCUGCUGCUCCGUGGGGAAGCUGUACCCAUCCUGUCUGGAGGAGUCUCCAUGGAAACCACCCACCUACCUGUUUUCUCCCGACGGGGCCGAGGAGUUUCAGGUGGACGGGGAGAUGGUGUCUCUCCCUCACAUAUAACUCUUGACCUUUCACCUCUGGACGUGUUGGAGGGGUGGGGGGCUUAACUACCACAGUACUGAGACACUAAGUGGGUUGAUAUCUGGAUCAGAGGCAUCUGACAAUUACUAGGCUUGCUGCAUUUUAAAGGCUAUUCUGCCUAGCUGCCAGGCUGUUGCUGACAAGCAAACAGUCAAGACAUUCAGAAUGUUGGAGAGAAACGAAAAACAAUUCCCCUCCAAAAUACUAGGAUUUGAAGAUCACUUUCUGUUAUUGCCAGUUCUGACUUUAUUAUCACAAGUCAACUGAUGUUUGUGGUGAUGACGAACUUACAGGUGAAAGUCUCCUUGGAAUAAUGAUGGAAAACUGUACCAAACCCCCUGUGAUCGCCAGCUCUUCUCAACACUGUUUUCAAUCCACGUGUCUUUCCCAAAUGGCUCCCUAUUCCCUGUGUUGUAGGGCACUACUUUUGACGAGAGCCCUAUAGGCUUCUUGUGAAAAAAUACGUGUUUUUAUAUAGAAUUGGGGUGUGAUUUUUUUUUUUUUUUUGGGAUGCACCUGGUAUUGGAACAUCCCAGGGGACAGGGUCUGGGGUGUCGCAGUGUGAAGGGGGAUGUGUGGGAGAGGGUUCUAGGUGGUGACUGCAGGUCCUGUCACUAGUUGUCUCUUCACCGCUCUGUCCCAGACACCCACACAAAGCCCCUGUCUCUCCCCUGGUACACUACUGCCCAUCUAGCUUCUCUCCUAGGUUUGCGUCCACAAUGGCUCCCUAUUCCCUACAGAGUGCACUACUUUUGACCAGGGCCCAUAGGGCAACCGUACGCUUGUUGAGCUCGCCCAUAGGGUUCUGGUCAAAAGUAGUGCACUCUGUAGGGAAUAGGGAGCCAUUGUGGACUGUAAUGAGUCCAUCUCUCUGGACACAGGUCUUCCACCCAGCCAGCCGGCAGUUUACAGGACAGCAUCAUCACUAGCUGACCUCGUCUCAGCGUAGUGAUGGGAGGAUUUAUGCCGGCUCUCUUUUUUUAAUAUAUUUUUUUAACACGGGUGGAUUUUUGCAACAAUACACCACCUUCACGCGCUCUCUGUUCCAUCAACAAUACACCACCUUCACGCGCUCUCUCUGUUCCAUCAACACCACACCUCCUUCACGCUCUCUCUCUGUUCCAUCAACACCACACCACCUUCACGCUCUCUCUCUGUUCCAUCAACACCACACCUCCUUCACGCGCUCUCUCUGUUCCAUCAACACCACACCUCCUUCACGCGCUCUCUCUGUUCCAUCAACACCACACCUCCUUCACGCUCUCUCUCUGUUCCAUCAACACCACACCUCCUUCACGCUCUCUCUCUGUUCCAUCAACACCACACCUCCUUCACGCUCUCUCUCUGUUCCAUCAACACCACACCACCUUCACGCUCUCUCUCUGUUCCAUCAACACCACACCACCUUCACGCUCUCUCUCUGUUCCAUCAACACCACACCACCUUCACGCUCUCUCUCUGUUCCAUCAAUACACACCUUCACUCACACCUCCUUCACUCUAUCAACAACUAUAGAUUUUUGGGCUCAUGCGUUAUUUCCAAGCUGCUGAAAUAAAUAUACUAAAAUAUAUAUUUUUCAUAUCUUUAAGAAAAGCAACUGUUUUAGAGUGGGGAAAAUAACCAGGUUCUAUUUUGUAUUAGUGUAUUUAAUAUCAGACAUUACUGUAGUGUGAUUGUGUAUAGGUCUCCACCCCCUUAUCUCAUUUUUACAUUUUCUUGUGAGUGAAAUAUUGGACUCUUGCUGCUGAUUGGGUCUGAGAAGGAAAGAGGGCUGGCCCAGGGCUGUUGCUAUGGGAAUUGUCCCAGCAACCACUAGCCGUAGUGGAAACGGAACAAAAUGGAGGGUGGUUGAGAAGGAGCGGACGGAGCUGCGUCCUGUUUUCAACUUUAAAACAUGAGCACAGGUGCUUCAUGACAAACCUAACUAGCAUGUUUGGCUGCAUCAUGUUCCUUUGGCACUGUAUUUUGAAUGAACAUUUUAAUUUAUUAAAAGGAAACAUACCGAAA